AUGGUUGAUAAUGAACAAAAUCUUCCACCUUCAUCAGAUGAUAUUGAUAAUCAAUCUGAAAACAAUGAUAUAAGACCAAUUAUGAUUUCAAUGGCGACUGAAGGUGAAAUUCAACGAAAAAGACAUAAUACAAAUUUAUUAGAUAAUAAUGAAGAAGAAAAUUCGGAUAAAUCUAAUCCUGAAAGUCAUAUUUAUAGUAAUAAACAACAUUCAAAAAGAAGCAAGUUGAAAAAUCCAUCUUUAAUCAACGAUGAGCGUGUACAAAUCAUUGCUCAAAAAAUUCUUUCUUUUAAACAUAUUGCCUUUACACUAUGUCAAAUUGGUUCAUUUAGCUCAAAAUGGAAGCAUGAAAGAGAAAAAGCUAUUAAUCAAUUAUGUGGUGCAAAAUUGUUAAAAAGACUUCAAAAAAGUGUUAAAACACCAACUAGUCGUCCAUUUGAUUAUCACAUUAAAAUACCUCCACUCGAUUUUUCCAAUAUUACGGAAGUUGAUCAAAUUAAUGAACGUCUCAACAAGUUUAAACUCAAUAUCCAUCAAAUUCGACCAACGUAUUCGACAAUCGACAUUGGUCAACUCAUCGCUCUUCCACCAUUAACAAAUUAUCUUCGUACACAUCCUCAUAUAAUCCAACAUUGUCCUGUAAAUGGUGAACAUACUUCAACUGUUGUUUCUUCAAAAUCAAAUAUAAAUCCAAAUAUAUCAAUCAAUGAUGACAGUGAUGAAAUGAUUCAUACAAACGAAGAUAUAAAUGAAGAACAGCACGAUAAUUAUGGUGAUCGAUGUUCUAUGAUCAAUCAACAAUAUAGUUCAAUAAAUGAUCAAACAUCAUCACAUCGUAUGAUCAAUCAUGGUUCCAGUGCAAUAAAUACAAAUAUUCAAAUAUCAUCUGCUUACAGUUCAGCAAUGCCUCUUCUUUCAACACAGCAAACUAUGGUCGAUCAACAAUCUAGAGAAAGAAAUAUAGAUCCAUCUUGUCUUGCUACUGUUGAUGCACAACCAAUGUCAACAACAAUAUUUCAACGGCAAGCUUUGGUCUCGCCAAAUGAAACAACUGAACAAAUUCAGGGUCAACAAACGUGGGAUCCAUACUUUCUACAAAAAUUUGAAGAAUUUAUGGCGAUGCAACGAGUCCAGCUUGCUGGCCAAUUAUCUUCUGGUUUCAAUCCGACGACUGUCGGACAUAAUCGUUCAGUAACAGCAAUGGUUGCACCACCUCUUCAAUUACCAAGUGCUAGUGAUCUAUUGAAAGAAACAACACAACAGACACCUGCUUCUUUAGCUGCUACUCGUGCCGAUCAACGAGCUAACAAUCAAAGAAAAGAAGCAAAGAAACAAUUAUUAUUUGUGUCUAAUGCAAUUGAACAUCAAGACUAA